GUAAUCAAACGGAAGGCACAGUCUUUGCGAAGCUUCGAAACAGUUUAGCAUGUACAGGAGAUAUCAAAAGGCCAUUAGAAAAGUGCAGCUGAUUUAAAUGAAAUAAGCAUGGAGGCGGAGGACUUCAUACUCUUGUUGGAUUCUUAAUGUAAAAGCUUGCCAUAGCGUUAUCUAUAUUCGUAGUGAUCAGUGUGCAUGUAAGUAUCGAUUGACUAGAAUAAUUGUACUUUUUUUAUUUUAUUUAAUGUAGCACAUAUAAUCGUGCGGUAUUUAAGAGAAAUUCACAAGGAUAAUACAUACACACUAAUUAAAGCUGUGGACGAAUACAGUUUUUCACAGACAAGAUCGAUUCAGGAAUCUGCUUUAAAAUAGUGCUUAUACUUUUCCUGUUUGAAUUUUUCUUCGGAUGAUAAAACAUAAGAAGUGUAUUCCAACGAUUCAUUGACGGCAUUCAACGCACCUGCAAUGUCAAUAAGUGAUUCUGUGAUGGUUUCUGAUCAUUCUUCGACUUCGGCGUACGAUUACGACAAAUCUUCGUUGUCAGUGAUUGAUUUUGUAAUGAUUUCGAAUGAAUCUUCGACUGCGGCUGACGAUAACAACAGAUCCUCGAUGUCAGCCAUUGAUUUUGCGAUAAUUUCGAAUGAUUCCGGACUGAAUCAUGACGAUUACGCGACUGAGAAUUACUUCGACACAGCGACGAGUGAUGAUGUAUAUAAUGAUAUAUACUAUCUGACAUUUUACGACUUUGAGAUCAUAACACUUGGUCUUGUCCGAACUAUAAUCGUCUUAUUUAUGAUUCUCGCAAAUGUGUUUGUCGUGGGCUAUUUUCUGUCGAGCAAAGGUCGCGGCAAGUCAACUAACCUGCUGUUUGUGAGCAUCGCCUUUUCCGACUCGAUGACCGGCAUUUCGUUACUUCCGAACUCGUUCAACGUAUACAUCCCAGACAUUGAGCGAUUAUCUGCAUCGGGAUGCAACACGUACAUGGUCUUGCAACUUUACAUCUCAAAGGCGUUUCAUACCGCAUCUAUAUGGCAGACUGUCUUCCUGGGAAUACAGCGGUACCUCUGCGUUUGUUAUCCAUUCAUUUCCGGUCGCAUAUGCACCUUCUGGAAGACAUGUAUAGCCGUACUUGUCAUGUACCUGCUGUCAUUUCUGAUGCAUAUUUACCAGCUAAUCAAUGCAACUACUCACAAAUACACUCAACAACUUGAGUGUCAAUGGCGUACAGAUCAACCUUGCAAAGAUGCCUGCUUGUAUAUGUGGAUUUGCGUUAUUUUCAUGCAUUUUCUUCCAGCGUCCCUUCUUAUAGGACUGACAACCAAGACCCUCAUUACUCUUCAAAAGGCCCAGCGAAGAGCCUCGUCCAUUAUAUCAAAGAGUACGAACAAGAAACGGAGCUCCCGGGACAGAAUAAUCACAAUCACGGCAGUGUUGAUUGUCAUCUGUUUUCUUGUUCCAGAAGUUCCUUAUGGAUUGUACAAGCUCUAUGCCCUGAUUGAUAUAUACAGACCUACGAGUGUAAAGCUCGGUAUCGAGACACAUCACAUUAUGUUUUCGGUCUACGAGAUCGCGUUAAUUGUCAGCUUUCACGCCAACUUUUGGAUUUACUGUACGAUGAUGUGCGACUUUCGCAGAUCGGUUAUCAACGUGUUCACGUUAGGGUGUUUCAAGCGUUACAACUUCAAACGGCGUCAGAGUUUGAAUUCGUACCAGGGGACAAUGAAGAGCGACAGUUUCCGAUCGUCCAAAGCGCGGACAGGAUCCGUUACAAGCAGGAACACUGUUCUCAGUCGAACCACUAGCCUCCACUCCACUACAUCGGACAACAUCCACGCUGUCAAUCAAAUUAUAUUGCUGACGCCUACGCCGACCAAAGACACUGGUCCGCCCGAUUUUUCGGCCUAUGUGUCAACACAAAAGUCUAAAGAGGAAUACGACGCGCAAGACGAUGAUGUGUUUGUGUAAACAUUACUCUUGUAUUUACAGUUGCCUUGCACCAGUGGUUAUUGCGUUCGCUUGCGGAUCCUGAAACGGGAAGUUUGAAUAUACCACAAGUUCUUAUAUAGCUGAUUUGCUACCUAGCAACUACUUUAAUUGAGAGUAACUGAUUGCAUUCUUGGCAAUACCCUGGAAUAACGGACUGUGGUUGAUCGUAAGGUAGUAAGGUCUUUUUUAAAACUCAUCGGGUUCACGAGAUGGCGACGAAAUAAUAAAUCAGCUGUUCAUAUUACCAUCUGAACGAUUAGUUAUCACUUGAAAUAGCACUACAACAGUUAUAAGUAAACUAUUAUAAACCUAGCAUAUGCUCGUGUAUGAUUUAAAACCUGUUCGCAUAUGUUUGAUUACCUUUUCUAAACAGAACUUCAUUAUAAAUAUGUAAAACACCCCUGGUUUGAGUUCAUUUUUACCUUCAUCCUGUAUUUUGCAAUUUAUGUAUUUUGAUACUUUGUAUGAUAUUUUGUACGUUUGUUCUAUGAAUAUUUAUGCAUGAUGUAAUAUUGUACAUAUUUUAUUGAUUACACGUUUGUUAUGUUUUUUUAAAAGGUCUACUGCAAAUCCGACUCGAUUUACAUCUUACAUAGAUUAUCAAUUAUGCUUACUUUAAUUUAUUCUUGAUAAAAUUAAGCCGCUUAAAGUAUGUAUAUCUUGCAAACACACACACACACACACACAUAUCGUAAUUAUCUUAUAUUUUGGUUAUCCAUUAAAUAUAAUCAAGUUGAUUUGAUUUUAUCUCAAAAGAAAACUACAUAUUUCAUUGCGGCUAACAUCGAAAGCUAGUAUUGCCGUUGUUCAUAGUGCAAUUGAUAGUAAAUACAAAUUGAUAUUCAUUUUGAAGCAUGUACGAGUAUUAGAAACUUACGCAAAUUUUUACGCACGAAAAUUGAUUUUUUAUUUUUUC